AUGGAGUUGCAACCGAGAGCGAGCUCAAUUGCCACCAGGUUAUGGAAGAUUGUGAAAAUCGCUUUCGUAAUGAUCAGGAAAGGGUUGACGUCCAAGAGAAAUUUGUUCAGUGACAUGAUCGAUGGGGCGAGGGACAGGAAGCUCACGAGAGAAUCGCUGAGGAGUCUCAGCUUCAAUCACUACAACCACCCGAGGAAAAUGCGCCGGGUCGGGCUCAACAGCUACGAGUACGAGUUCUCCUGCAGCAACAGCCCAAACCCGGUCAUUGUUCACUCAGCCAAGAACAAGAGCCAACGCUUCCCCUGCAUGAAGGUUCCUAAAGUCAUUGAAGACUUUGUUGAGGACGAGCCCGUGUACUCUGACACGCUCGUUUUCAUGGCGAAGACUCCUGAGUACACGUUCAACAUCCAGAUCGAGCGGCACAGCCCACUCAAAUCGCCCAACUCAGUGAGGGUCUCCAAUUUCUCUAAUUACUCAUCAGAUGAUGAGGGUGAUGGGAAAUUUGGGCAAGUGGACCGCAAGGCUGACGAAUUCAUCAGCAGGUUUUAUGACCAACUGCAGAGGCAAAUCGUGUACUAA